AUGGCAUUGCUAGGACUUGAUCUUGACCGCUCACCAGUACGGAGAGAGGACACUCCACCGACCUCGUCGGCAACAAGCCCCCCAGAAACGGCAGGGGAUAUUGUUAAGCCGACGGCCAUUGGCAAUGACAGCAGACAGGAAACGGUGUGGAAAGGUGCAGAUAGGGGCAAGACGACUGUACCUCGCGUGGGGGAAAAGCGUACAAAAAGUUAUGGGGACUAUUAUAAGGGGAACGCUCUUCAGCAAUUGCUGAAUGCUACGGAAUAUUUUGUUGGAGGUGUUGGCGAUCGCAGACAAAGGAGAAAACUGGAAAAGAGGGAAAGUUUAGAAGAGAUAGCCCCCCGCAAACGCAAGCAGACCAUCAAGUCAGAAACGAGCGCAGAAAAAAUAUCCGAUAAAAAGUCUACCGAGCGAAGAAAGCAGAUCAAGGAGCACAGUGAGCCGAAACCGCAUAACGAGAGCGAACAAGAGCAGAGUGGCGAGCAAAACGGAUGUACUCCCUGGUUUCUGAGCCACGAGAUGUCCAAAAACGUGAAAAUUACGUGGAGCUUUUUUGACCCCGAGGCAGACAACAAACCCAAAGAGCUCGAACUGACCAGCGCAUACACACUGGUGAACGAUCGGCUGGACCGAUAUGUGAUGAAAAAUCCCCAGAUCACACCCCGCGAGGUGUAUCUUUUGUACCCCCUUUUUGACUACCAAGAAAAGUAUUUGCUGGCAGAAUGCAAGCUCAAUGCCUGGUUCAACCCCAUUGCAGAUAUUGCUCGAGUGAUGGAGUUGACCGCCACGGUGUACAUGCCGGAAAAGGCUAGAAAAAAGGUGAUUGAUUUCGAUAAUCCGUCAAACUGUCUGAUCAAGCGAUGGGACGAUGCUGUGAACCGACACGACGGUGACCAGCUAGUCCAGCUUAUUGAGGAAUAUAACUCACUGGUGGCCAAGCUGAGGAAAAACGGCCAGAUGAUCCAACACAUACGACAGCGCAAAACGUUCCCGCAACUGCUUGUCCACGAGAUCAUGAACCAGUGCUAUUUGCGGGGAGUUCUUCCUGACUACAGGAAGCUGAGGAGCUACAAAGCGUUCUCAAACUACGUUUACGGCGAAUUAAUGCCGUCGUUUCUGAGCAGAGCGUUCAACCAGUGCAAUCUGUCGCAUACUAAGGUUUUCAUUGAUUUGGGAUCCGGAGUCGGCAAUUGCACGAUCCAGGCGGCGUUGGAAUAUGGAUGCGAGAGCUACGGCGUCGAGAUUAUGGACCAUGCGUCAAGGCUGUGCAGGCUUCAGACCGAGGAAUUCGAGAAGAGAUGCGCCAUCUGGGGAGUGAGGCACGGGGCAAUGAAGUUUUUCCUUGGCGAGUCGUUCGUGGACAACGCGCCCGUCCAGGAGGUUAUCGACCGGAGCGACGUGAUUUUGGUGAAUAACUAUCUUUUCGACUCGGAGCUCUCAAAGAAAGUGGUUGAUCUGUUUUCGAACCUCAAAACAGGCACGCAGAUCAUCAGUCUCAAGCCGAUCGUGCCUCCAGGGUAUACAAUCUCGUGGGGCCAUCCGGAGUCGAUUUUAAGCCGGAUGAAGUGCACAAGAUACACGUACGGGGAGAACGACGUGAGCUGGACUUCGAAAGGCGGAUUCUACUACAUUACCGAGGUUUUGCCGCACAUCAACGAGGAGUAUCUCAGGGCGCUGCCUGCGAGAUCGCAGCGAACACGCGGGAAGGAGUUGGUGCUAAACGCGUUCACCAACAACGUUUAA